CCGCCCGCUCCGCCCCCGGCUGAAGGUCAGCCGCGCUUUGUUCGCGCCGCGGCCUCCUCGACGCCCUUCGGCGCGCACGUGGACCUGGACGCCGCGCCUUCCGCCGCGCUGAGCGCUCGAACCCGACGAACGGGACGGUGGGUCCUGUGCUGACGCCUCGUGAGCCCCCGCGGCGCGACGGGUGACGGGGAUAAAAGCAUUCAGAUGGCAGAUAACAGUUUUUCAGAUGGGGUUCCUGCAGAUUCUGUGGAAGCUGCUAAAAAUGCAAGUAACACAGAAAAGCUCACAGAUCAGGUGAUGCAGAACCCACAGGUCCUGGCAGCUUUACAGGAACGACUUGACAAUGUCUCUCACACUCCUUCCAGCUACAUUGAAACAUUACCCAAAGCAGUCAAGAGGAGAAUUAAUGCCCUGAAGCAGCUGCAGGUGAGGUGUGCACACAUAGAAGCCAAGUUCUACGAAGAGGUCCAUGACCUGGAGAGGAAGUAUGCAGCGUUGUAUCAGCCUCUGUUCGACAAGAGAAGAGAAUUUGUCAGUGGUGACGUGGGAUCAACAGAUGCAGAAUCAGAGAGGCAUAGUGACAGUGAGGAGCAUGACAAGUCGGCUGGAGACAUGAAAAAUAAAGUAGUUAUAGCAGAAAAAGAAGACGCAGCAGCUGAAGAGCUAAAUCCCAAAGGAAUCCCCGAGUUCUGGUUCACCAUUUUUAGAAAUGUGGAUAUGCUCAGUGAGCUAGUGCAGGAAUAUGAUGAACCAAUCUUGAAACAUCUGCAAGAUAUUAAAGUGAAAUUUUCAGACCCUGGACAGCCUAUGUCUUUUGUGUUAGAGUUCCACUUUGAACCCAAUGACUACUUUACCAAUCCAGUCCUGACAAAAACAUACAAGAUGAAGUCAGAGCCAGACAAGGCUGACCCCUUUUCCUUUGAAGGUCCUGAGAUUGUGGACUGUGAUGGAUGUACUAUUGACUGGAAGAAAGGAAAAAAUGUUACAGUAAAAACCAUCAAGAAAAAACAGAAACAUAAGGGUCGGGGCACUGUUAGAACAAUUACUAAACAAGUGCCCAAUGAGUCAUUUUUCAACUUUUUCAACCCGCUGAAAGCCUCUGGGGAUGGCGAAUCACUGGAUGAAGAUUCUGAAUUCACGUUAGCCUCAGAUUUUGAAAUUGGACACUUUUUCCGCGAGCGGAUAGUGCCUCGGGCUGUGCUCUACUUCACUGGGGAGGCCAUAGAGGAUGAUGACAAUUUUGAAGAAGGUGAAGAAGGAGAAGAGGAGGAAUUGGAAGGUGAUGAGGAGGCAGAAGACGAGGACGAUGCUGAAAUUAACCCCAAGAAAGAGCCCAGCCAGCCGGCGGAAUGCAAGCAACAAUGAGGAGUGGCCACUUUGGAAUGGCUGUCAGGACCCAGCUGUGGCAGGGCCUAGGGCCAUGCUGCAGCACAACAUAUGGACAGUGCUUAUAACGUCUAACACGUUUUCAAGUGCAUGAUUUUCACUUUUACUUUUUCUUUUUCUUAUUUUGCUUAACUUGUACAGUGGCAAUGGAAAUGCAUUUCAGAAAUAGGAGGUUUAGUUUUAGCACCCUCUGUGGCCUUGGUGCCUGCAGCCCUGGACCCGCCAGGCCCUGCCCUUUAGAAAGUCCACAUACCACAUGGGUUGGCGGGGUUGGGGGGGGGUCACUCUUAGAAAGGAGAGAGGC